AUGUCGGUCAGAAGAGCAACCUCUGUUGCGUCAAGUAGAUGGUUGUCAGACUCGUUUUAUGAGCUGGCGAAGCAACAGCAGGCACUCAUUGUGCAGCAGCGGAUACGUGCCCGCAAGGCCGAGCAGCAAGUGAAUCCUGAACUCAGCAGCGCUAAGCAGGACGCGAAGCUGGAUCCCCAUAUUGAGCAAGUUUCAAAGCCUAGAGAACUGUCGCCACAAGAGCGCGCACGCAUCGUCUUCGGCUCCCGUUUAGCAGGCCCGAAGCGCCGCGAAGCGCAAGCGUCUACAUACCGCGACAUUCUCGGACUGAAAGUGCCCCCGCGGCCGGUCGAGCCCGACAACUGCUGCAUGUCGGGCUGCGUGAACUGCGUGUGGGAGCUCUACCGCGAGGACUUUGAGUACUGGCAGGAAAAGCGCAAGCAGGCGAUGGAGAAGCUCGUGCAGACAGGCAGGUUCGAUCUGUGGCCCGAGGACUUUGGCCGGAACCCGAAGGAGGGGGCCGAGACGCUUGAGGAUGCGGCCAGUCUGGCGGAGGCGAACGACGACCCGUGGAAGGGAGUUGAUGUCGGUAUCAAGGUCUUUAUCGAGACCGAGCAGCGGCUGCGGAAGCGCAGAGCGAGCAAGAGUGCUGCUGCUGCCAACGCGACUUCGGUGCCGCCACCCGCUGCCGCCGCCAACGCUCUGUAG